AGGCGACCAGCCACUUCCUGUUUCACGGCAGUUCCCGCUUUGCAGCAUCGCGGCCUAAUCAUGGCUGACAUGGAGGAUUUGUUCGGCAGCGAUGCUGACUCUGACAACGAGCAGAAGGCUGAUGAGUCAGAUUCUGGGUCUGGAUCAGAUUCAGAACCAGGAAAUGUUGGUUCUGGUAGCAACCCUUCAGGAAGUGAAAGUGAACGGGAUGACGACGAUGAGGCAAUUUCAAAGCCCAGCAACAAAGAGUUAUUUGGCGAUGACAGUGAGGAUGAUGUUGGGUCUCAGCAUAGCGGCAGUGACAAUCGUUCUGAACGAUCAGACAAUCAGUCUGAAAUAGCACACUCUGAUCAAGAAGAAAAUGAUCAGUCCGAUGCAGAACAACAUAGUGGUUCCGAAGGUCUGCACGAUGAAGACUUUGCGGAACGUAGAUCAGAUCGAAGUAGCCGCCAUUCAGAAGCAGAAGGGUCAGAAAAAGAUGCUCAUUCAGAGGAUGAAAAAUGGGCAAGGGAUGAUAAAAGUGACCAGUCUGAUGAUGAUGAGAAGAUGCAGAACUCUGAUGAUGAGCUACAGCACUCUGACGAUGAAAGAAACCAGAGAUCUGAUGAUGAGGUACACCAAAGAUCAGAAAGAUCAGAUGAUGAAGGGCACCAAAGAUCUGAUGAUGAUGAUGAGCACCAACGGUCAGAUGAUGAAAUGAAUCACCAGUCGGAUGCAGAAGAACAUGAAAACCGUCUGUCUCAUGAUGAAGAUCGCGGAUCUGGCAUUUCUGAUGAUGAGGAUAAUGAACGGCAGCACUCUGAUGAUGAACGACGACAUUCAGAUGAUGAGAGGCAACGCUCAGACGGAGAAGAACAGGACAACCAGCAUUCAGAAGAUGAACCUCAGCAUUCAGAUGAUGAAAAUGAACGCCAGCGCUCUGAUGACGAACCUCAACAUUCAGAUGAUGAUGAACAUGAACGUCAAAGGUCAGAAGAUGAGGAAAGGCAGAAUUCCGAUUAUGAAGGGCAUGGACGUCAUCGUUCAGAUGGAGAGGAGCAAGAUCGUAAUUUGGAAUCUGGUAAAGGCAGUGACAGCGAUGACGAGAUUGUCCGGCACAAGCAUAAAAAAGUUAUCGCAUCGGAUUCUGAAAUGGACAGUGAUGGAGAAGGACCCAAAGCAAAAAAAGAUGUUGCUGAUUUGUUUGGUGAUGCGGAUGACAUUUCUUCAGGCAGUGAUGGUGAAGAUAAACCAGCCACUCCGGGACAACCCCUAGAUGAAGAUGGAAUGGAUCAGGACCAACAGGAAGAAGAACCCAUUCCAGAAACUAGGAUAGAAGUUGAGAUUCCAAAAGUCAAUACAGACCUGGGGAAUGACUUGUAUUUCGUGAAACUUCCCAACUUUCUCAGUGUUGAGCCCAGACCUUUUGAUCCUCAAUAUUAUGAAGAUGAGUUUGAAGAUGAAGAGAUGUUGGAUGAAGAAGGAAGAACUAGGCUGAAAUUAAAGGUUGAAAACACAAUCCGAUGGAGAACACGACGGGAUGAAGAAGGCAACGAUAUCAGAGAGAGCAAUGCCCGAAUUGUUAAAUGGUCUGACGGCAGCAUGUCGUUACAUCUGGGUAAUGAAGUGUUCGACGUCUACAAAGCUCCACUCCAAGGAGAUCACAACCACUUGUUUAUUAGACAGGGUACUGGUCUGCAGGGCCAGGCUGUCUUCAAAACAAAGUUGACCUUCAGGCCUCAUUCUACAGACAGUGCCACCCACAGGAAGAUGACACUGUCACUCGCAGACAGAUGUUCCAAGACUCAGAAGAUUAGAAUCCUUCCAAUGGCAGGACGUGACCCAGAAUCUCAGAGGACAGAGAUGAUUAAGAAAGAGGAGGAGAGGCUAAGAGCAUCGAUCCGCAGAGAGUCUCAACAGCGGAGAAUGAGGGAGAAGCAACACCAGCGCGGCUUGAGUGCAAACUACCUGGAACCCGAUCGCUAUGAAGAUGAGGAGGAAGCAGAUGAGUCUAUAAGCUUAGCUGCCAUUAAGAACCGUUACAAAGGCGUACGAGAGGAGAGGGCUCGCAUUUAUUCAUCGGACAGCGAUGAAGCGUCGGAUGAUGACAGAGCUCAGAGAUUGCUCAAGGCAAAGAAGCUAAACAGUGAUGAUGAGGAAGGGGAACGUCCUGGAAAAAGGAAGGCAGAGGAUGAGGACAAAGCUAACAAGAAGCACAAGAAAUAUGUUAUUAGUGAUGAUGAGGAUGAAGAUCUUUAAUUUUUUUUUUUAUAUAAACUUGUACAGAAGAACUGAGUGAGUGAGCAUUGCUGGUAUUUCUACCAGAAGAUUGAUGACGGUAUGUUAAAUUGUAUGUAUAAAAUAAAUCUAAAACUACAAUGUU